AUGUCUAACAUCGAGCUUCCAGGUUCCAUCCCUAACACUCCUAUUAAGAGAAAGGGAACCUACGACAAAACCCCCAUCAAAAUUGAGGGGUCUCCCAUGAAGCCAACUGAAGUCAAAAAUCGACCUGCCAAAAGAAUCAUGUCGGUGUUAGGGAAAGAUCCUGAUUCCAACAUGCAAGACACAAACCCGGAGAACUUACCUUUUGACCCGGAAGACACUGAUAUCAAGCCAGUCAUCCCAAUGCCAAACACCCUCAGCGACUCUUGGGAAAAGAUAAGAGCUCAGUUACUCCGAUGUUCCACCCCCCACAUGCGAUUCCGAGCCAUGUGGGACGGAGAGCUUCGACUCACCCCGAAACUCCUCCAACAAGCCAAAGACCACGUCGACUGGCCGAAUGAAUAUAUUAUUCAUCUCUCCCCAACUGACGCGCUCCAGCUCCCGAGCUUCGAUAACCGUUUGCAAGGAGUCUUCUACGGCACUGAAGGCAGAAAGUCAGCCUACGUCUGGCAUCUCAUGCCAAUUUCCAAGGCCAAAGAUAACCACUUUGCCGCGCGCUAUCUCAAGUUUAAGGCCCACUGUCAGCUCUGGUCUCUUAUGUGA